ACACCUCUCUUCCUUGUGCUGUAAAACCACAGCAUGUUGCAACCUGCAGGGAAGGAGAAGAUCUCCUUUAUAAUAAACUAACAGAGACUGAAAGCAGGACGAGAGCCGGAUUUUUUCAUCCAACAAAGAUCACCAAAAAGCCAACCUAAUUAGAGAAUGGUCCACUCUCAGAAUCCAAUACACACAGAGGAAGAAGAUAGUUCCGUAAGCAAUGAUUACGCCACAGCCAUCGGCGCCCUGAUCCUAAGCCUAGUUUUCCUCCUGGGCGUACCCGGCAACCUCUUCAUCGUCUGGAGCAUCCUAGCACGCACCAGGAAGCGCUCCGUCACCACCAUCCUCAUCCUCAACCUGGCGUGUGCAGAUGGAUUGCUGAUGGCACUCACCAUCUUCUUCAUCAUCUACCUGGCCAAGCAGUCAUGGAUCUUCGGCUCAGUUUUGUGUAAAGGUCUCUUCUACUUGUGCAAUGCCAACAUGUACGCCUCCAUCUUCCUGAUCACCCUGAUGAGCGUUCACAGGAUGGUGGCAGUACUGUUUCCACAGAAGCUGUUUCUAAUAACCAGAAAGAUUGUGAUUAGGGUGAUCCUGGGCAUGUGGGUUCUGGUCAUGGUGAUCGCCAUCCCCUCAUUGGUGUUUCGAGAACUGGAAGAGGAGCCUGAUGGCAAUACCACUAAGACACGGACAGUGUGUGCGCCGAAUCACACCAUUGCCAGUCAUUUUUCCUUUCUUUCUUUCUUUUCAUCCCACAGGCUGGACAGCAUUCAUCAGUCCUGCCGAGCAGUGACCUCAGCUUUGGCUUUCAUCAGCAGCUGCGCCAACCCUGUCCUUUAUACUUUUGCUGGAAAGUCCUACAUCAAGAAAAACGGCUUUGCCUUCAUGGCUAAGCUCUUUGAAGGCACGUCGUCAUCGGAUCAAUCAGCAAACAAAAUGAGUCGUGUGAUUAGCAAAGACAGUACGGGAUAUAUUAAAAAUGAGUCAAUAAACAAUGAAAGUAUAAAUAUAGCAAAUGGAUCAAGGAUCUAGCUAAAAGCACCGAAUAGACCUAAAUGCAUGUUUUCUGGGAGAAGACAAGUUACACUGUAAAGCCUUCAAUUUUUAAACAUUACCAUCAAUUACUACAGACUAAAACACACA